CUGGUUUGCGGGAGAAAAGUCACAGCCGGGAGCGGAAAUCUCCGGGACACAGGAAGUCAAUGGCAAUGAGUGUCUCUGAGGCUGGAUACAGAAAUACAGCUUGAGUUUGGGAUGUAGCCUUUCUGAUGGGGUCCGUGCAGGCAGAGGUGGAGAGAGCAUCCUGAACGCGUCUGCUGCAAGUUCAGCUUCUCUGCAGCCCCUGUUGACCCGGGAGCCCCGACAAAGAGGGGGAAGGGACGGGUCUCCUGUGAGAGGGGUUCCCUUGGAGUUCUCGGGACCAGACGGGGUAAGGGGUGGGUGGGUGUUUGCCCCAUUCCCCCUCCCCCGCCGGAAUUCCCAGAACGGCUGUGAAGCGAGUGCUGCUCCUGCUCUGCUACUUUGUUGCACUCUUGCAACUGAGGAAAAUGUGGAGCAGUAAAUACCUGCGGAGCCCCCUGUCCCGUUCGUUGCUCAGCAACAUGAGGCAGCAAGGCGAUGAAGAACACAAGUCCCAGUGGUACACCUGUGACAUGGAACUGCUGCCAACAUGUCUGCAGCAACUGUUUGUUCAGAGUUAUCUAGACGUGGGGACACGUGCGUUUCUCAGGCAGUGCUCGGAGAAAUCCAGCUGGCUUUUUGUUCAGAUUUAUUACUCCCUUGUCACCUCUGUGUUUGGUCUGUUCAUGUCCAAGACCUCCAUCAAUGGGCUGCUGGGGAGGGGAUCGAUGUUUGUCUUCUCUGAGGAGCAAUUUCUUCAACUGCUCAGAGUGGGACCAGACUGGCGGGCAGCCAGAGUGCUUGAUCUUGGGGCUGGAGACGGAGAGGUUACUAAAAUCAUCAGCCCCCAUUUUGAAGAGGUCUACGUGACUGAAGUAUCUCCCACCAUGAAAUGGCAACUUAAAAAGAAACAGUACAGAGUCCUGGGGAUUGAUGAGUGGCAGGGCACUGGCUUUUAUUACAAUAUGAUUAGCUGCCUAAACUUGCUGGAUCGGUGUGAUCGGCCCUUGUCUCUACUGAAGGACAUCAGGAACACUCUGGAACCGAGUAAAGGCCGUCUGAUACUGGCUGUGGUCUUGCCCUUCCAACCCUAUGUGGAAAAUGGUGGUAAAUGGGAGAGACCUUCGGAAUAUCUAGAGGUAACUGGAGAAACGUGGGAAGAGCAAGUGGCCAGUUUUAGUAAUGAUGUGUUCAACAAGGUGGGCUUUGCCAUCGAAUCCUUCACCCGGCUCCCAUACCUGUGUGAAGGGGACUUGUACAAUGAUCACUAUGUACUGGAUGAUGUGGUCUUCGUUCUUAAACUAGUUUAAAGCUGCAUUGUCCAGAUGUUUCAUAACGACGAAUGCAACACAACAAUUGAUAUACGCUCUAUGGCCUUUUUAUAUAUACACACUGUGUCCUUUCUGGCCAAAAUCUUUUCUGCUCCUCGUACAAUUGUUUGGUUGUUGAGGUAUUUUUCUUCUCGAAUCCUCCUCUCCAUCUUGCUACUGUGACCUUGAACAGAACACUCCAUGCCCUCUCCCUGCUUAAUGAUUCAUGCUUUGGUGAAGGGCUAAGUAGGGUCCCCAGCCCUCCAGGGAUGGCCGAGACUCUGCAGAUAUUUACAAUUAAUCUCAUGAAUGCUGCUAUGAACAGAAUCCAGGAGGAAAACAAUCAUUGAAAUCUCCUUUCUUAAAAAAAGCAUUGUGCUUAUUCUCCACAGUUUAUUUGAUUACCUUGUUUAUUAAUAUUAGGAAAGUUGGAAAUCAUGCGAGAAAACCAGGAAUACUUCCAGUCUCAAAUUGGCAACCCUAGGGGUUGGUAAAGAUGUUGAUAGUGUUUCUAUCCAAUCCAUGUGGUAAUUCUCCACUCUUGGCAUCUAGCCAGCAAAGUAGAACUGGCAACAUUUAAGCAGUAAUGGGGAGACUGGUUUGAAAAAAUCAUUCAAAAGGGUGUCUACUCCUGCACCUCAACACAACCAUAAUAACUGAGCCAGCACUGGCAGUGAAGUUAAUUGAAACAUAAAGACGUAAAUGAUUUAUUGAAAAUGUGCCUGAUAUUAUUACUUCAGUGAAGCUGCUUUAUUUUAGAGUUUUGAAAUCUGGCUCAUUUGUACAAUGCCUUCUGCGGCCUGUCACAGGAAGUGAAGAAUGAUAAUGGUCUCAGUUUAGGUGAGAUCAUUUAAAUCAUGUGAAAUAUUCUACAAUGUUGGGUUUUACAAUUUAACAAGCAGCCAUCUGGGUUCAAGACUAGAACUGGUAAAUGUUUAAUAUUUUACAAUCUGAAAUUUAAUUUUUUAAUCUUGUAGAUUAUUUACUUUUUAAAACAGGAUGCCUUUUGGAUGUAAGAGAUGAUCAACUGUAGAUUGUUUUGAUCUAGUUCUUUAUAUUUUAUUCCAUGUUGCCUAUGGAAGAAUAAAAUGAGGAUACAUUUUCCUUACCUUUUUGAAGUUCUAAUGUUUCAUGUAAAGGAUCGUAAUAGACUAACACUAAGGUUGGAUCACUAGGUACCAGGGACAAAUACUGACUUCAAGAUAGAAAGCAGAGAGUAGCAUUACGCGCAUUAUUGUGAAGGGCAUAUAUUCAGACUGGCAUAAGGAUCAGUUCUUCACAAUUUAUAAUUAAUGGUUUAGAUUUUAGAAUAGAAAACAAAAUGUCUAAAUUUGUGAACAAAUACUAAAAUGGGAGGUUCUAAGAAAGGGUCACUCAACCCGAAACUCUAAUUCUGAUUUCUCACCACAGAUGCUGGGGGACCUGUUGAGCCUUUCCCACAAUUUCUGUUUUUGUUUCUAAGAUGGGAAAUAUAAUCAUACUUACUCUUGCAUGGGAUGUGGCUAGUGCUGACAAUCAUUCAUUACACAUCCUUAACCUCCCUUAAACUGAUUGACUUGACUGUUAACUCCCCCUCCCACUCCCCCCAUCAUUUCAAUCAUAUUUGUUGGUCUGAAAUGUAUUGCCCCUAGAGAACAAUACUGAACCAGAUGGAUUUUUACAACAAAAUGGAUACAUAGUUACAGUUAAACUAUUGUUUUUAAUUUGAGAUUUUAUUAAUUCAUAUUUCACCACCUGUCAUGAUGGGAUUCAAGUCCUUGUCACCAGAACAUUAGCCUUGGCUCUGAAUUCCCAAUCCACUGACAUUACCACAUUGGUACUGCUGUCCCUUAACACUGAGGAUGACAGGAAAGUACAAAAGCAAGUUAAUAAUCUCACAGGACAGGCACAUCGUAAUGCAUAUC